CUUUGCGCGCCACAUGUCACGCUCUCCUCUUUGAAAUUUUCGUCUGUCACUCUGUCUGGUUCUAAUAACUUGACUGGGGUUUUGGUUUACUACGGUUUAUUAUGUCAAAACGAGCCACCGAAGAAGCUGUAAGCGAAUGCAGCGAACCAAAGAAAGCAAGUAAGCCCUUGGGCAAAUCGAUUAACAUGAUGGAAUGGAUAGAUGAGAACUCCUCUUUGUUUGUCCCGCCAGUCUGCAACAAACUCAUGUAUGGUGAAGGCCAGCUGAAGAUUAUGUUUGUUGGGGGGCCUAACACAAGGAAAGACUAUCAUCUUGAGGAAGGAGAGGAGUUGUUUUUCCAAGUUAAAGGGGACAUGUGCCUCAAGGUGCUGGAAAAAGGCAAGCCGAAGGACAUUAUCAUCAAAGAGGGCGAGAUGUUUCUUCUUCCAAGUAGAUUCAAUCACUCACCGCAGAGAUUUGAGAACACUGUUGGUCUGGUUAUAGAAAGGGAAAGAUUGCCUGAGGAGAUAGAUGGAUUGAGAUACUUUUGUGAAGAUGGUGUCACAGUCCUAUGGGAAAAGUUUUUUCACUGCACAGAUCUUACACAGAUAGCUCCUGUUAUCAAAGAGUUCUUUGAGUCUGAAGAACACAAGACAGGAAAACCAAGCAAAGAAUCGAGCUGUUCUAUUAAUGUGGAUACAGAGACAGAGCUGAUGGAACCAUUUCCACUCAAGCAGUGGUUGAAGGACAAUAAGGAUAGCUACAGGUCAGGCAGCAUGGCCAUCUUUGAAAAGGGAGAGUUUAAGGUGCAUGCCCACGGAUCAGGGGAGCAAGAAGGACAUUCCCAGGGCGAGAUGUGGUUCUGGCAGUUGGAGGGGAAAGCCACCGUAAACGUCGAUGAAAUUACCAGGGAAUUGAACAAGAAUGAUGUUCUCAUGAUUACUGCAGGCUCGGACUUCAGAGUCAAGCGUGAGGAAGGUUCCGUUGGUUUAAGCAUCACCGUUGACUCAUUGGCUAACAAGUAACCAUGACAACAACAAAAACAUCGUACGGAAUGUCUCAUGCCGGUCCCUAUAGCAACUCGAUAUUAUGAGUGGCAUUCGCCGGCGCAAAUCACUCACAGCAGAGAAGUUAUUCACUUUAAUUUUGUUAUUGUUUUGUCGAAUUUUUACCCUGCCAAGCAGUUAGGAUUUGUAUUAACCGAUGUCAGUAGAAACCAUUUUACCGGUUAUUUAUUAGUUUGUGUCGUCGUACAAAAAUCGGGGCAUUUGAUGUCGAUUUUGUAGUAAUGCACAAUAAAUAAAUAAAUGCACAAUAAAUUGCAGAAUAUUUUUA